UAUGCAAACAUUUAAUUCCCAUCAAUACCAAUACCAUUAAAUAUCUUCUAUGAUUAGCUUUACUGACGCACAAUUUUUCCAUUUACACGAAAACUGUUUAUUCUGUUAUUAUUCCGACCAAAAAUACACGGUAUCGUGCUUUCACCGUUAUUACGAAGAUUAUGGCGUGUACUGUACAUACACCAAUCUACAGAUAUACCACCGAAUCUACCACCCGGGUACAACUAACCGUUUCCCCACGACCCUCGACAUCACCAUGACAUCUCUGCAGCCGACAAACACAACAAAUCGGGAACUUUCUACACUUUCACCAUGAAUUAAAAAAGCUCCUUGUUCCUAUUGUACGAUGGGGCAAGGACAAGGUCGGGUAUUAUUUUUUAAUCAAUUUUUUAAAAGAGUUUUGUAUGCAGUCCUAUAAAAAUUAUUGAUCCAUGAGGUACGACGGACUGCAGUAGUCUGCAUAACAAAACAUGGAUUAAUUUAUUAAUCUACGCAGCCAAAACCUAUUUUGUUUCCUUGCAAAAAAUAUAGCAACACAAAAAUAAGAAUGGCACAUUCUCUUCUUAUGGCCACGAAUACGGCGAAGACUGAUAAAAACGAAAUCAUUGAACCGUUCGACAAAAUCCUGCAGACUUUGAUCACCUCGGUGUCAUCAUCGUUGGAAACGUCGUUCAAAACACAGUCCGGAUAUCCUCGAAAUAAUCGAGAUUCUAAAAAUCAGGAUGGGAUGGAAUCCCUAAAUAAUCGAGAUAACGUGCAAACUGCCCCAAGUAAAUCUUACCCCAACUUUUGGCCACAAGCACUUUCUCCAAUUGUCGUUGUACCUGAACCCUCUCGUGAUGAAAGUGGUGGUGAAAACUUUGCCGUCACGACCAAAAAAAAUGACAGUGCUCAGAGAAAAUUUCGAAGUAAAAGUGCCAACACGCGGAGUGGGAAUAAAACGAAGCCAAAAACUGCUAAAUUGAAAAAAUCAAGAGAACAAGAACCAAGCCAGAAGGAUUGGAUGACCGUUUUGGAAGAGCGAUCCAAAGGUGAAAUGACUAGAAUAAUAAAGCCCAACGAGUUUGAGGAGGAGAAGGAAGAGAGAAAUUAUAAAUCUGUAAUUAUUCCAUCCGACGGUGAUCAUGAUGAUGAUGGGUCUUCCUCUUUUACCACGGAAGACUUUCCCCCACGAAGUAUAUUCACUGCUGGUAGUUCGGAUGCGACGAGUAUCGGAUGGGCAGAUGAUGCAAUCGAGAGUGAAUCUACGGAUAUCUUGGCACGACAAUGGGCCCAAGUCGAGCAAGUUUUUCACUUCGACAAUGAAGGGGUGAAACCGGAAGAGAUGUCGGAUGUCGUUUAUCAGGAAGUGCUAUUAUGGAGGAACGCGUUUAAUACCAAGUCUUCAACAAGAAAUUUUAAUUUUAAGCAGAAUGCUGCCAAAAUGUCUAUGAGUCUUCACAACAAAGAUGAUGAUAAGUAUCCCUCGAACUCGAACUUAUCCCCCUCUCAACAUCACAAUCACAAUCAUCCUAUAGUCAGAAAUUUCACUGCCACCUUCCCAAUCGCUACGUCGACCCCCCUUCCGACUGAAUUCGAACAAUCAAACAAACGAUCUCCUCAAGAUGAUUCGCAAUCAAUCUCAUAUUCCCUCCAAAGACAAACUUCAGCAUUCACGUCGAACCUCCACAGAGAAAAUUUGGGGCUAGACCUCCGUCUUCCAACCACAUUUUCGGGAGAAGGGGGACCUUCAUUUGUGCAAUCAUGGUUGGAAAAUUUGACCACCGAUUUUCCCCAGAUUAAUAAUCAAGACCGUGAUGCCCACCAAGAAGAGCAACCAUUCUCCCCUUCCUUACCAACUACUAAGUUUGAUAUUGAAGUAUUUAACGACGAUGAUGACGACGAACGAGGGAGAGAAAGUCCGGACCACUUUAUGUCUCAGAGAAGAAGUGUCGGAUUUAAAGUUCAGAGACCAAUCAGCUCCCAAUAUCUGAAUCGGACGCUGGCAAAUAGGGAAGAAAUUAAAGGAAAUGGGAUUAUGGACAAUCGGGGUCCUAAAUUAUCGAUGGAUUCUAAUCAGGAUUUGAACAGCAUGGGAGAUUUAAACUCUGCGUAUUUUAACGAAAAGAGAAAUAACUUUUCAAACAGCGGUGCUUUUCGUCCGUAUGCAAAUGAUCUUACUUCAUCUCCUCUAAAGAAAAUGAUGACACCUAACCAACAGCAACUUUACCGACCUAGAAAACAGUCCGGCUGGUCGAGGCACACCCACUUUGAGGAUGACGACUUCCUCGAUCGCACAACACCCAACACGACCACGGCUUCCGAACAGGACGACGCUGGAAAUAAAUCUCGUAAAAAUUUCAUCAGUUGGCUACUCUUUGAUGAAAAUGAUGAAAAUUUAGCGCAAGAUGGAAAACAGUUUGGAGUGGAUAGCUGAUAGGAAAAAAAGUUUUUAUGAUAUGUAUUUUACAAUUUUUUUUGGUUAUUUAGAAUUUCAAGUAAAAAUUGACGAAAUGAAUUGUACUUAUUUCUAUUGUUGAAUUGUGAAUUUAUUUGAAGUUAUUUUAAUCAGAAAUAUAUUUU